GCGAGUGCAAAAGUUUCCAUUAUAAGAUCCUGUUGUGGUUUCUAUUGCAAAUGAGUUUCUUUGAGCCAUGAAGAUUGCAUGGUUGAAGGUGACUUCAGUUUGCUAAGCAGCAGCUUCUCCUGGCAUGAGCCACUGCAGAUCUCCUCAUCAGACGGGCUGAGACCAUGCUCUGUGCCCUGUAUCUGGAGUAAGGAGAACACAGCAAGAGUUAAGAGGAAGAUUGAUGAGGCAUGGACCCUUGCUUCAGGUUUGGAGGAAAGUAGACUGAAUACAGAGAUGCCAGACAGCCACGGAGACCCAUGGACAGUCCUGCACUCACGCUGAUCUGUCAAACUUUAAAAUUUCCUAGUAAUAUGCAACCUUUGCCAAACGAAAAGAAACUAAUGCCAAGAAGGCAUACUCUUCAAUAUUGGGAAUAGACGUGCUCUCGAGACAAUGGCUUCGAAGGUCUCCUGUUUAUACGUCUUGACCGUGGUGUGCUGGGCCAGCGCUCUCUGGUACUUGAGUGUAACUCGUCCAACUUCCUCCUACACUGGCUCCAAGCCAUUCAGUCAUCUGACAGUUGCAAGGAAAAACUUCACCUUUGGCAACAUUAGAACUCGACCUAUAAACCCCCAUUCUUUUGAAUUUCUGAUAAAUGAGCCCAACAAAUGUGAGAAAAACAUUCCUUUCCUCGUCAUCCUCAUCAGCACCACCCAUAAAGAGUUCGAUGCCCGCCAGGCGAUCCGAGAGACCUGGGGGGACGAGAACAACUUCAAAGGGAUCAAGAUAGCCACCCUGUUCCUCCUGGGCAAGAACGCCGAUCCUGUUCUCAACCAGAUGGUGGAGCAAGAGAGCCAGAUCUUUCACGACAUCAUCGUGGAGGACUUCAUUGAUUCCUACCAUAACCUUACCCUCAAAACCUUGAUGGGGAUGAGAUGGGUGGCCACUUUUUGUUCGAAAGCCAAGUAUGUCAUGAAAACAGACAGUGACAUUUUUGUCAACAUGGACAACCUUAUUUACAAACUAUUAAAACCCUCCACCAAGCCACGAAGAAGGUAUUUUACUGGCUAUGUCAUCAAUGGAGGGCCCAUCCGAGAUGUCCGCAGUAAGUGGUAUAUGCCCAGGGAUUUGUACCCUGACAGCAACUACCCGCCCUUCUGCUCGGGGACCGGCUAUAUCUUUUCAGCUGAUGUGGCUGAGCUCAUUUACAAGACCUCACUCCACACCAGGCUGCUUCACCUGGAGGAUGUGUAUGUGGGACUGUGUCUUCGAAAGCUGGGCAUCCAUCCUUUCCAGAACAGUGGCUUCAAUCACUGGAAAAUGGCCUACAGUUUGUGUAGGUACCGCCGAGUGAUCACCGUGCAUCAGAUCUCUCCAGAGGAAAUGCACAGAAUCUGGAAUGACAUGUCAAGCAAGAAACAUCUCAGAUGUUAGGAUUUUUACCAGUGUAAAUAUGUGUUUCUUUUCUUUUUUAAGAGAUGAGGCUUAGGGUGUAGGUAUUUUACAGGUGUCACCAAGGGAAACGAACUGGUGUAGGGGUUUUAUAAAAAGUAUUUUUCUUCCCAAUCCUAGUUCCUUUUUUGAAUCGCCAGUUUCCACAUGUUAAGCUCUGCUCAUAGAAAUAAUACAUGGGUUUACAAGGCCAGAUUUCAUUCUCAGGUCUUAAGGUACUGCAUUUAUCUCAAAAAGCAACUUCCUAACAAAGGCUAGGAUUUACAUACCGUGCAUCUGAGAUUAAAAAAAAAAUCUGGUUCUGGGAAACUGGAACUCAUGGUAAUGUCUUCAUAUUCUCUCUGCAAAAGUAAAUAGGUAAAUAACACUUUAUCAAAAACAGUGCAGUCAGGGAGACACACUGGAUGUGAUGAUUCAUACUGCGUGUGAUGUUACAUUGAAUUUUUACAUAUAUUGCCAUGGAAUGUGUACAGUAUUUCCAGUUCCACCAAGAAAUGAACUUAGUACUGGUAGGGAGGCUGCAGUUAAGUAAAUGGAAAUUUAUACUUGAGAAUCAACUAUUCUCUCUGUUUGGAAGACAACUCUUCUUGCUCAUCCAAGGAUUAAACCUGGUCAGCAGGUGGAAUGUAUAUAAAAUGCUACUUAAAAAAUAA